UCAGGUACCGGAUCAUCUGGAUCAACAGUGGGCAUCGAGUCAACUGGCCUAAUAGGAUCGUCAGGCUGGAUCAGUUCAUCAUGCUGAGUAGAGGCUUCAGGCUGAGUAGAGGCUUCAGGCCGAAGGAUUCAGGCUGAACCACGGAAGGCAGGUUCACCGGUUUGGAUACUGGCAGGAUGGUAUUGGUUGGAAAGAAUUUUCGCUUUUUUCUGGUUUUAACUACUGGAGCACUGCAAGUAAACGCAGGUCUGCAAAUGAAUGGAGCAGCUGGAGACAGAGAAGAGCUGGAGGAUGGAACAGGGGAGGGAGCAGUUGCUACAGAGGGCUUUUUUACAGGGUUAAAGGCAGGAUAGGUGCAGCGAGUGGGAACAUA